AUGGCUUAUCUUAGAACAAUUCAUCCAUGCUUGGCCAUCAUAGCCCUCUUGUUCCUAUUGUCAUCCAUUGGAGCUCACAACGACGGGUUCUCUGUCAAAUUGAUUCGAAGAAACUCUUCCCAUGAUUCUUACAAACCAAGUACUAUACAAUCUCCCGUAAGUGCCUAUGAUUGUGAGUAUCUCAUGGAACUCUCCAUUGGAACUCCGCCAAUAAAGAUCUAUGCUGAAGCAGACACCGGCAGUGACCUUGUAUGGUUCCAAUGCAUUCCUUGCACCAAAUGCUAUAAACAACAAAACCCUAUGUUUGAUCCUCGGAGCUCCUCCAGUUAUACCAACAUCACAUGUGGAACGGAGUCAUGUAAUAAACUAGAUUCAAGUUUGUGUUCUACUGAUCAGAAGACUUGCAACUACACCUACUCUUACGCCGAUAAUUCCAUAACACAAGGAGUGUUGGCACAAGAAACACUUACUUUAACAUCAACCACAGGGGAACCAGUGGCCUUUCAAGGCAUUAUUUUUGGAUGCGGACACAACAACAGUGGUUUCAAUGACCGCGAGAUGGGUUUAAUAGGUCUUGGAAGAGGACCCCUGUCACUCAUUUCUCAAAUAGGUUCUUCCCUUGGAGCCGGAGGCAACAUGUUUUCUCAAUGUUUGGUUCCAUUCAACACUGACCCUAGUAUUACAAGCCAAAUGAAUUUCGGUAAAGGGAGUGAAGUUUUAGGGAACGGUACGGUUUCUACACCUUUAAUUUCUAAAGAUGGGACUGGAUAUUUUGCUACCUUAUUAGGCAUUAGUGUAGAAGAUAUUAAUUUGCCCUUUAGUAAUGGUUCUUCCUUAGGGACUAUCACAAAGGGUAACAUUUUGAUUGAUUCGGGGACAACAAUAACUUAUUUACCCGAAGAAUUUUAUCACAGAUUAAUCGAACAAGUGAGGAACAAGGUAGCAUUGGAACCAUUUCGGAUAGAUGGUUACGAGCUUUGCUAUCAAACACCAACUAAUCUUAAUGGACCAACAUUAACCAUUCAUUUUGAAGGUGGAGAUGUACUCUUAACGCCCGCUCAAAUGUUCAUUCCGGUACAAGAUGAUAAUUUCUGCUUCGCAGUCUUCGACACUAAUGAAGAAUAUGUCACUUAUGGAAACUAUGCCCAGUCAAACUAUUUGAUUGGGUUUGAUUUGGAAAGGCAGGUGGUUUCUUUCAAGGCAACAGAUUGCACCAAAUUUUAA